AAGCUAGCUAAGCCUGCCACCUCGCCUGUGCGAGUGCGAGCGAGCGUGCACGGGCGGCUAUAAGACCGCCAUGGAGAUCCCGCAGCCAAGACCGUUUCUUAUUGUCAUGCCAUCCGAACUGUUGUCCUCUGUCGCCGAGCCGAGGGAUUUUGCCCCGGGAAAAUCUUGCACACCAUGAAGCUCCUCGUCGCAUUUUCCAGCGCGCUCGCGCUCGCAACGGCCGCGUCCAUCGCCACCCCGCCCAGGCCGGCAAAGAAAUCGUACGACGGCUACAAGGUGUUUCGCGUCGCCGUCGGGCCCGAGAUCAACCGCAUCAACGCCCUCGUCGACAAGUACGACCUGAAGACGUGGAAGGGAGCCCCGCGGGCCGGCGCGUACGCCGACAUCGUCGUGCCGCCGGCCCAGGCCGCCGCCUUCCGGGCCGAUGUCGCCGAUCUCGAGGUCAUCACCAUGCACCAGGACCUGGGCGCCGCAAUUGCCGACGAGUCCAGCUUCUCCGUCUACGCCGCCGGCUCCGCCAACGCCACGUGGUUCAACUCGUACCACGCCUACAGCGACCACCUCCAGUUCUUGAGGGACCUGCAGUCGUCCUUCCCGUCCCAGUCCGAGAUUGUCACGGCCGGCAAUUCCCUCAACGGGAAUCCCAUCACGGCCAUCCACUUCUGGGGGAGCGCCGGCAAGGGGGUCAAGCCUGCCAUCGUCUUGCACGGCACUGUGCACGCCCGCGAGUGGAUCUCUACCAUGGUCGUCGAGUAUCUGGGAUACAACCUCCUGACCAACUACGCCACGUCGGCCGAAAUCAAGAGCUUUGUGGAUAAAUACGAUUUUUACAUCUUCCCCGUGGUCAACCCGGACGGCUUCCUCUACACGCAGAGCUCCGACCGGCUCUGGCGCAAGAACCGGCAGAGCACCUCCGGGAGCACCUGCAUCGGCCACGACAUCAACCGCAACUGGCCCUACCAGUGGUCCGUGACGGGCGGCGCGUCGACCGACCCCUGCGCCGAGGAUUUCAAGGGCAGGGCGCAGUCGGACGCGCCCGAGACGACGGCCCUCGUGGCAUGGCUCAAGACGACCAAGGCGAACCAGGGGCUCAAGCUCUUCAUCGACUACCACUCGUACUCGCAGCUGUUCAUGACGCCAUACGGAUACUCGUGCACGACCGUGUCGGCCAAGAACACCGAGCUGCAGGCGCUGGCCAAGGGCGCCGUGGCCGCCAUCAAGGCGACCCACGGGCUCACGUACCAGUACGGCCCCAUCUGCUCGACCAUCUACAAGGCCACCGGCAGCAGCGUCGACUUCGUCAACGACGUCGUCGGCUCCGACUACACUUUUACCACCGAGCUCCGCGACACGGGCAACAACGGCUUCGUGCUGCCCGCCAGCCAGAUCGUGCCCACCGGCGAGGAGACGUAUGCGGCGUUACGCUACCUGCUGUUGAAUAUGAAGUAGUGGUUGGGGGGGUUGCGGUGGGCUGUAGUUGGUUGGCUGGCUUUUCGUGUUGCUGGGGAGGGAUGUUGCAUUAGCAUUUGCAUUAUGGUUUUACAGCAUACAUGGCCGAGCUCUUCGUAUUGGUUUUUUGCUGUCUUUGGGUAGCUGGCAUAUUUUCUACUAGAUAUUCACAGGUCUCUGUGGAAGAUGAAAUAUUCGCCGACUCUUGCAACGCAAACAAGAUCCAACGUGAUAGAUGGCAGUAAAAGAAAGGUCAAUAAGUAGCCUGCGCGUUGUGUCUCAGUCUAGGCCUAAAUGUUUAGAAUAGAGAAGAGGUGUAUUAUUUCGUCUGCUCCAA